GCUGCUACUGCUACUGGCACCGCUGCGGGCCCUGUUGGACGAGGAGACGGAGGUGGAGGAGGUGGAGGAGGAGGCGGCGGCGCUGCUGAGAUGAUGGCUCACAGCGCCGUGCGCUCGCGGUUCCCCGCGAGGCCCUGGCGCAGGCACGGGCGGCCGCGCUCGCGGCACCGCGGCCCGGCGGGGGUGGGCGACGCCGUCGGGCAGCAACAACAACAGCAACAACAACAACAGCUGGUGGUGCAGCAGCAACAACAACAACAGCAGCAGCAGCCACCUCGUAGGCGGAACGAGGGCCCGGCCGAGGCGAUGGAGCGAGCUCUGCGCGCCUUCAGCGCCUCGUUCGGCUCCAGCAGCGGCGAGGAGGAGGACUUCCAAGGUUUUCCCAAAAACGACGCAAGCAAGCGCAGCGCUCGCCGCCGGCCCAGCCCCGCACCGUCGCCGGGCCGACCACGAGGCCGCCCCCCGCGUAGCGGCUCCGACGAGCGCUCCCCGGAAUCCCGCCGCCGCAGGGCGACCUCCUCGGCUCCGUCCAACGCCACCACCCCGGGCCUGGCGUCGCCCUGGCUCCACCUCGACCUCAACCCCGUGGUUGACCUCUCACCCGUAGGGCGCAAGCACGGCCGUGGGAAGCCACGCUCUGAGAGCCGCCGCUUGCGUGAGUCUGCAUCGCCGCCCGUGCCGCCCCGACCGCCGACGUCUUCUUCAUCUCUGGCGUCGGAGCAGCAACGGCCGCGGGAGUCGGUGCCGGAAGUGGAGGAGGAGGCGGGGGAGGAGGAGGGGGAGGAGGGGGCAGAGGAGGGGGCGGAGGAGGCGGGCGAGGAGGAGGAGGAGGAGGUGGAGGAGGCGGAGGGUCGGCGCUUGUCCAAGCGGCGCGAACGCGAACGGCGCAAACGGAAGAAGCGGUCGGCGGCGGAGAAGAGGGCGGAGAAAUCACGCGGGAAGCGGAAACGGAAGAAAAAGAAGCAGCAGCAAAAGAAGCAAGAGAAGCAGCAACAGCAGCAGCAGCAGCAGCAACAGGACGAGGAGGAGCGCAAGCGGGAGGCAGAAGCAGAGCAGCAGCCGUCGCUGGAGAAACGAACAUCGGUGGAAAACAACAGCGGCAUCGCUGCCGAGGACGUGGCCAUGUCGGACGAUUCCAUCGCCGGCGGCUCCCGGGCGCAGGCCGAGGUCCCGCUGGCGCCGGUAGCAGCGGCGUCUGUACUGGAAGUCCCGGUAAGAGACGCUAGCGAGGACGGUGCCAGGGCGUCCCGGCCACGCGGUCGCCCGCCGUCGACGAGCCGGGAAAGCGACGGCGUCCUGGCCAAGCGCAAGCAGCGCGUUGAUGCCAGCCUCGCGCGCCAGCUGCUGCAACGAGCCAAGAAGCGUGGGCGCGGGGGAAUGGGGGGCGCCGUUGUCAUCAAGCCGGGCAGCGGAGGCCGGAGGACAGCUGUGGCGUCGGCAGCCGUGGCUGUGGGAGGAGGACGCCGGGCGGGACGGCCCCUGCCCGUCGGAGUGAGGCCAAGCGGCAGCUUGGGCCGGGGCGGGCGGAGGGAGCGGUCGCGCGUGGGCCGGCGCUUCGUGAUGCCGGCCGUAAGCUCGCGCUCCUCCCGCGUGAUCCGCACGCCCAAGAGGUUCAUCCAGGACGAGGGGUUUGACGCGGCUGUAGCGGCGGCGGUGGCGGCGCCGUCUCCGUCUUUGUCGGCGCAGGCGUCCAUGGCGCACCAUCACCACCACCACCAUAACCACAAUCAUCACCAGCAGCAGCCACAGCAGCACAGGCAUGUGCAGGGAGGCCCCGGCAUUGGCAGCCGUGGGCGCCAACGCGGGUCAGUGACCUCGACCACGUCUUCCUCGCCCUCGUCGGAGUCGUGUGACUCUGACAGCCAGUCGGGCGAGGAGGAGGAGGAGGAGGAAGGGGAAGAAGAUGAGGAGGAGGAUGACGAGGAAGAUGAGGAGGAGGAGAUCGAGGAGGAGGAGGAAGACGACGAUGAGGAAGAGGAGGAAGAGGAGGAAGAGGAGUCCCAGAAUUCCUCGGGCUCGGCUUCACGGUCCGACAGCCCUGGGGGGUCGUCCGAAGGCUCUGACUCGGAGCGCCGGCUCGGAGAGCUAGGCUCUGCCGAGCGCGCCGCACCGCCCAUGAUGCUCAACGGCGAGCGCCGGCUGGGCUCGUUGGGGCAGACUUUGUCCCACGCGCUGGGGCCCACGGGGGCACCGCCGACAGCGGCGGCGGCGCCCCAGCUACUCACGACGUGGGUUUACCCGCACGCUCACCCCCACCCGCACACCCUGCCCAUGCUUGUCCCGCCACCCGCUCGCGCCGCAUGCGCCGCGGCCGGCGCCGGCGCCGCCGCGGGCACCGCCCGCCGCUCUAUCCUGCGCGAGCCGACGUUCCGCUGGGGCCCGGUGGCACCGCCGGGCUCGGCGUCUGCGCCCGCGGGCGUGCCGGACGGACGCCAGCAGCCGUCGUUCUCCUCUGCUAAGUACGCCAAGGCCGGCCUCAUCCGCCAGCCCGUCUUCGACAACAUCCGCCUGCCGCCACUCACGCCGGAGGAGGUCGGGCUGGCGCCGCCGCGGCCCGGCCUGGCCGCCAAGUCGGCCUCGUCGGCCUCGUCGUCGACGGCGGCGGCGUCGGCGGCGUCGGCGGGUGCCCGCCCCGGCCGCUUCUCGUGCUCGCCGGCGGUGGCGUGCGGCCCCGGACCGGCGCUGCUGGCGCCGGUAUCGUCUCAGCCGCCCCCGUUCGCCCCCGUCGCCGCAGGGCUCUCGUCGCCGUCGUCGGCCUCCUCGUCGACCUCAUCGUCGGCGUCGUCGGCGGCGGCUGCCACGGUAGCGCCGGCCACGCUGGUGGCGCCGGGGCGACCGUUCCCGCCGUCGGGGGUCGCCGCCGCCAACCUGCCCGCCGCGUGCAGGUUUCCCGCUCAGCGUCAGUUCGCGGCGCGUCAGAGGUUCGACACCGGCGCCACGACGGCGACGGCGGUGCAGCCAGCGUCCCCGGCAAGCGCCGGGCGGCGACCGCUGCUACGCGCGCCCACGUUCACGCCCACAGAAGCUCACCUUCGCAUCUACGAGUCGCUGUCGGCCGCCUGCGCGCCCCAGCGCCCGUCUGGCGAGCCGGCCCGGCCGCUGUGCCUCCAGCACGGCUCCCCGGCCGCUUCCACCGCCGUCGCCAGCGCCAGGCGCAAGCGGCCGUUUUCCGGUGGACGCGGCGGGCGCGGCGGAUCCAGGUCCCCGUCGUUGUCGCGGGUCCCCACGCACGGCAUGAGAACGCGCAGCAGCCGAGCGGCGGCCCUCACCGGCGCUCUGUCUCCUUCCUCCUCGCCGGCUACGACUCCCGGGGGCACCGGCGGAUUGCUGGCGCCGCAGUCGCUGUUCCGGCCCGACAGACGCCAGCGGCAGCAGUGGGGGAACGACGGCGGCGGAGCCGGCGAUGCCCUAGCAGCGGUGCCGUGCGGCUCUGGGUUCGACGGCGCCCCUCAACCGGACGGGGCGGCCGUGGCAAGCGCCGGCGCCGACUCGGCCGCGGUUGGGGGGCUCCUGGCUCGCAUCGGCCGCGUGCCAGCAUUUGGUGACCUCCUGCCCCCAGCCGAACGGCACAAGCGUCUGCAGAGGCGCCAGCGCGACGGCGAGGAAGAGCAAGAAGAGCAAGAAGAAGAGGAGGAGGAGGAUGGUGGCAGCAGCACAGCGAGGAAGCGUAAGAAAAAGAUGAAGAGGAAAGGCAAAACAAUGCUGAUGAUGAUGCGGCGUAGGAGGCAGAGGGGCGCCGGUUCUGAGAGCGAGGCGCAGGACCCCGAUGCCGCUGCCGACGCAUCGGCGCAAAAGCCCCUGGUGUCCCCGGAGGUGACCGCCGAGGAGGCGGAGGCCGUGAAGACGCGCGCCUCCGCCAAGCGCCAGCGAGAGAGGGCGGCCGGCGGGCAGAGGCAGCAGCGGCAGCAAGGGCAGCGGCGCGCGGAACGCUCAGACGACGAUAACAACGAUGACGGUGACGACGGUGAGCCCGGCGACCACGACGAGCCGGGGAAGGGGGAAGAGGACGGCGCGGGACAGAGGGAGCGGCCGCCGAGGCAGACGGCGGACCGCAAGCUGCGCACGCUGCUGCAGAAGGCGCGGGCGCAGCUCCAUCGCAUCGAGAGGGGCAAGGCUCGACGGGCACAGGCGACAGGGGCUGAAACUCCUGCCGCGACAGCAGCCGGCGCGUGGAACCACCGCGAGAGGCCGUCCCGCAAGCGCAAGCGGCACGCCCCGCCAGAGAGCGGGCCGUCAACGGCGCGGGAGCACAGCGACAACUCGUCGGAGGGCCCCGCCGAGCCGGGUGGAGCUCGCGGCCCGCGCAUCAAACACGUGUGCCGCGGGGCCGCCGUGGCCCUGGGCCUCCCGCGCGCUCUGCUCCUGAGCGCUCACCCGACCAACGGCUCAGCCGGCGCCGCCGGAUCCACCACCAACGCUGGCCUCCCGCCUGCACCCGUGGCCGAGGGCAGGCGCAGCGGUGGCGCUGACGCUGUGAAGGCUUCGGACGGCGUUGGCGGUGGUGCCGCCACCGCCGGCUCCGCCUCCGCGGACGAGAGGCAGGCGUCAUCAAGAGAGGCCGGCUCUCUGACCCCGCGCGUGACCCUCACGCCGUGCGACUCGGUGCACCGCGGCAGUGCACCGCUCUCCUGUUCCGCGGCAUCCGAAUCGCCCUCCUCAAGGGUCGCCGAGUCCACAGUCAACGAGGCUGCUCAGCAGCCGGCGUCGUCCGCGUCCCCGCACGGCCCGGCCCCUCCCACCGCCGCCACCGCCGUCGCCGCGCCCCCCGCUCUGGUUUCCAUGCCGGCGGCAGCGGGGGCGGCAUCGGCGGCCGCUCAGCCCGCGGCAGCCCCCCCAGCGCCAGGGCCGUGCAGAGGCAGCGGUGGUCGGCGCACGGCGAUGAGGAGGCUGCGCCGUUCGCGCCGAUGCGGGGAGUGCGACGGCUGCCGGGUGGAGGCCGACUGCGGCGAGUGCGCCAACUGCCUGGACAAGCCCAAGUUUGGAGGUCGCAACAUCAAGAAGCAGUGCUGCAAGAUGCGAAAGUGUCAGAACCUACAGUAUUACACGCAGCCGGACAGCACACCAAAGCAGGUGAAAAAGACAGACAGGGGUAAAGCGGGAAGGAAAGAAGAUGCUCAGGUUGAGGCGGAAGCCCCGGGGGGAGCCAGGGACUCGCCUAGUGAGGGCGACCCAGGCUGGAGGAGGGCGGGCAGGCAGGGGCCGCUAGCUCAGUCCCAGGCUCCGCAGGCUCAGCAGGCCUCGCAAGUUGCUAGGCCGCGCGAUGCUGGCAAGCCCUUGGGAGUCGUGCUUGGAGAAAAAUCUACCAAACGGGGAACCCAGUUGCGCACAAAGAAGUCGAAAGAGAAGGAGAAGGGCAGGGAGGUGAACAAGCCGGAGGUUGUCGUGGCGACGGUUUUGAGCAAUGGUGGCAACGGAAAACCUCGCGCCAUCCCUGAUGGCGUGCACCGCAUCCGUGUGGACUUCAAGGAGGACUGCGACAUCGACAACGUGUGGAGGAUGGGCGGCCUCUCCCUCCUCACCUCCGGGGUGAUCGCACCGCGAGUCAUCUGCUUCCUGUGCGCCAGCAGUGGCAUUCACGAGCUGGUGUACUGUCGCGUGUGCUGCGAGGCGUUCCACUCGUUCUGCCUGGGAGAGGGCGAGCGCCCGCUGGAGGGAGAGAUGGAGAACUGGGUGUGCCGGCGCUGCAAGUUCUGCCACGUCUGCGGCCGUCAGAACCGGCUUCUCCAGUGCGACAAGUGCCACAACACCUACCACUCGGAGUGUCUCGGACCGAACUACCCCAGCAAACCGACGAAUCGCAAGCGUGUUUGGGUGUGCACCAAGUGCGUGAAGUGUAAGAGCUGCGGCGCCACAACGCCCGGCAAGGGCUGGGACGCGCAGUGGUCGCACGACUUCUCGCUUUGCCACGACUGCGGGAAGCUUUUCGACAAAGGGAACUUCUGCCCCGUGUGCAACCGAUGUUACGACGACGACGACUACGAGAGCAAGAUGAUGCAGUGCGGGAAGUGCGAGCGCUGGGUGCACGCCAAGUGCGAGAGCCUCUCCGACGAGAUGUACGAGAUCCUGUCGAGCCUGCCCGAGAGCGUGGUGUACACGUGCGUGCGCUGCACCGAGUCCCGGCCGGCCGAGUGGAGCGUGGCGCUCGCCGCCGAACUACAGGCCGGCCUGCAGCUGGUGGCUAGCGCCCUCGCGGCCUCGCGCGUUUCCGCCAGCCUGCACCGGCACCGGCAGGUGGGUAACCGCCGCGCCCAGCCACCGGCGCUUUUUGGGCAGGCCAGCGAAGCUCAAUCGGGCACCCCAGCCGGCGCUGCGGACAGCCCUGUCGCCACGGAUACGGAGCGGCAGGACCUGCCCACGGACCUGGAGGGGGUGAAGCGCAAGCUGGAGCGUGGGGCCUACAACAGCUUGACGGGGUUUUGCGACGACGUGACGAGGGUGCUCCAGUGCGACGCCGACGUCACGCAGCCGGAGGUCAAGCGAGCGGCCGCGACCCUCAAAGGGCUCUUCACCAGGCAAAUGGAGAAAGUCUUCCCGUGGUUUGACAUCCGAGGAUCAAGGUUCUGGGACCAGAAUCGCACCCAGGAUAUUGGGCUGUUGCCCAACGCCGUGUUGCCCCCUUCCGCGGACCACGAUUACGCGCAGUGGCGUGAGCGCGAAGGGGAGGGGGCAGCGCUGGCCGCGGGCGGUGCCCCCCACAGUCAGCCUCCACUCCUCAAGAAGAUCGUCCCGGCGCCGCGUCGCAAGGCCUCCACCGACGCUCAGGACGACGGCGCUGGAGCCGACGGUGGCGGCGACAGCGCCAUGGAGGUGGACGUCCCGGUGGACAAGGAGGACAACCGCCAGUGCAUGCUGUGUCUCGGCUACGGCGACCAGAGCUCAAACGAGGCGGGGAGGUUGCUCGGAAUCGGGCAGGACGAGUGGACGCACUCCAACUGCGCCGUGUGGUCGGCCGAGGUGUUUGAAGACGACGACGGAUCGCUCAAGAACGUCCACGCCGCCGUGUGGCGGGGCAAGCAGCUGCGGUGCGAGCAUUGCGGGCGCAUGGGCGCCACCGUAGGCUGCUGCCUGCCCGCGUGCCAGGCCAACUUCCACUUCAUGUGCGCCCGCGCCCGCAGCUGCGUCUUCCAGGACGACAAGAAGCUCUAUUGCCAGCGGCACAAGGACCUCAUCCGAGGGGAGGUUGUGGCGGAGGAUGGGUUCGAGGUCCUGCGUCGCGUCUUUGUCGACUUCGAGGGGAUUGGCCUUCGUCGGAAGUUCCUCUCCGGCCUGGAGCCCGACAAGAUCCAGAUGAUGAUCGGUUCUCUGACCAUCGAGUGCCUGGGCGUCCUCAAUGACCUGUCGCUCUACGAAGGGAAGCUCUUCCCCAUUGGAUAUCAGUGCACGCGUGUCUACUGGAGCACGGCGGACGCACGCCGCCUUUGCGUCUACACCUGCAAGGUGCUCGAGUUCCGUCCGGAGAGCACUACCACGGACGUGAACAGCACGCUCAUCCACGGGGAGAACCAGACCAUCACGCACAGCCCGCCGCCACCCACCGCCGCCGGAGGCUUGGACGUGGUGAUGACAGUGCAGUGCUCGGUGGCACCCAUGGCGCGCCCGUGCCCAGCUCCCCGCCCCAGUGUGCCCACCAGCUUCUCGCCGACGCGACGACCUUUGCCCUCACCGGGCGGCUCUCCCAGCAGGAACUCGCACAUCCUGGCGAUCAGCGAUGGCGUCGUGUCGCCCACGCGGCGCAAUGUCGCGGUACGUCGUCCCGCCCCGCUCCCCUCGCCAGGGCACCACCACCUCCUGCUGCACGCCCAGCACGGCAAGCUGCAGCAGAGGCAGCAGCAGCAGCAACAGCUGCAGCAGCAGCAAGAACGACUGCAGGACAAGUCACAGCUUGACAAACAGCUGCUAGAAAAGCAGCAGCAGCAGAGGGUGCAGCAAGAGAAGCAGCAGCAGCCAGAGAAGCAACACAAACAGCAGCAGCCGGAGGGACUGUCAUUAGAUAAACAGCAGAGACAGCAACAAGUCAAACAACCAGAAAAACAAAAGCAACAGCAGCAGGACAAACAGCAGGAGCGGCAGCAGCAAGAUAAGCAACAGCAGAGGCAAGACAAGCAGCAGGCGGAAAAGCAACAGCAAAGGCAGCAGCCGGAGAAGGAGCAGCAAAAACAGCAGCCUGAAAAGCAGCCAAAGCAGCAGAUGGAGAAGUUGCAGCAGAAACAGCAGGACAAGCAGCAGCAGUUGGAAAGGCAACAGCCAAAACAACAGCUCGAAAAGCAACCGCAGAAACUGCAGGACAAGCAGCAGCCGGAAAAGCAGACGCAGCAGCAGAAACAGCAGUUGGAAAAGACACAAAAGCCACCACAAGAGAGGCAGCAGCAGCAAGAAAAACUGAAAGAGCAGCAGCUUGAGAAGCAGCCACACAAACAGCAGGACAGACAGCACACGGAAAGGCUACAGAAGCAACGUCAGGAGAAGCAGCAAAGGCAACCACAACCGCAGCAGCAGCAGCACAAGCAUCAUGAGAAGCCGUCUCCGUCAAAACAGCCAGCAGAGAAACAGUUGAAACAACAGUCAUCAGAGAAACAGCCGAAACAACAGCCUUCAGAGAAACAGCCAAAACAACUGUCAACAGAGAAACAGCCAAAACAACAGCUGGCAGAAAAACAGUCUAAACAACAGCCAUCAGAGAAAACUCCGAAACAACAGCCAGCAGAGAAACAGUCUAAACAACAGCUGGCAGAGAAAAGUCAGAAACAACUGUCUACAGAGAAACAGCCAAAACAACUGUCAACAGAGAAACAGCUGAAACAACAGCCAGCAGAGAAGGGUCAGAAACAACAGCUAGCAGAGAAACCGUCUAAACAACAGGUGGUAGAGAAAAGUCAGAAACAACAGUCAUCGGAGAAACUUUCUAAACAGCAGUUGGCAGAGAAACAGUCUAAACAACAGCCGGCAGAGAAAACUCCGAAACAACAGCUAUCAGAGAAACCAUCUAAACAACAGUCAGCAGAGAAACCAUCUAAACAACAGCUGGCAGAGAAAAGUCAGAAACAACUGUCAACAGAGAAAGUUUCUAAACAGCAGCUGGCAGAGAAAACUCCGAAACAGCUCGCAGAGAAACCGUCUAAACAACAGCUGCCAGAGAAAAGUCAGAAACAACUGUCUACAGAGAAACUUUCUAAACAGCAGCCGGCAGAGAAACAGUCUAAACAACAGCUGGAAGAGAAAAGUCAGAAACAACAGCCAGCAGAGAAACAGCCAAAACAACUGUCAACAGAGAAACAGCUGAAACAACAGCCAGAAGAGAAGGGUCAGAAACAACAGCUAGCAGAGAAACCGUCUAAACAACAGGUGUUAGAGAAAACUCCGAAGCUCCUGUCAACAGAGAAACCGUCUAAACAACAGCCGGCAGAGAAAAGUCCGAAACAACAGCUAGCAGAGAAAAGUCCGAAACAACUGUUUACAGAGAAACUGUCUAAACAACAGCCGGCAGAGAAAACUCCGAAGCUCCUGUCUACAGAGAAACCGUCUAAACAACAGCCGGCAGAGAAAACUCCGAAACAACAGCUAGCAGAGAAAAGUCCGAAACAACAGCUGGCAGAGAAAACUCCGAAACUCCUGUCUACAGAGAAACUGUCUAAACAACAGCCGGCAGAGAAAACUCCGAAACAACAGCUAGCAGAGAAAAGUCAGAAACAACUGUCUACAGAGAAACUAUCUAAACAGCAGCUGACAGAGAAAAGUCAGAAAACACAGACAGCAGACAAAAGUCCGAAACAACAGCCGCCAGAGAACCCGCUGAAACAACAGCAUACAGAUAAGCAGCUUAAACAACAGCAUGUAGAGAAGCAGUUAAAACAACAACAGCAGGCAGAGAAAAGUAUGAAGCAGCCACCAGAGAAGCAGCUUAAACAUCCAGAAAAACAGCAAGAGAAGCAUCACCAACAGAAACAGCAGUCCCAGCAGAAACAGCCACAGCAGAAACAGGAUCGACCAGACGAGAAGGAGCAUCAGAAACAACAGCAGCAGCAGCAGCACGAGAGACAGCACGAGUUGCCACCACAAAAGCCACAGCAAGACAAGCCACGUGAGUUACAGCAGAAUCAGCAGCAGCAGCAGGCGCCACAGAAACCGCAAGAGCAACACGUGGAAAAGCAGCAGCAACAGCAGGUUCACCAGCAGCUGAAACCACAGCACAAGCAGCAGUCUUUGACUAAACUACCAGACAAGCAUCAGCAAGCCCCCUUUCCACAAAAGCAGCUCCAACAUAGCCUACAAGAGAAACAGUCAGACAAGCAGCACAGGCAGCAUCAGCUCACCCAACAGAAGCAGCUUCCCAGGCAGGAGAAGCCACAGCAGCAGCAGCAGCCGCAGCAGAGACAGCAAAAACAGCAGCCGGGCCAGCCUGAAAAACCCCAUCAACAAAGGACGCAACAGCCAACGCAAAAACAGGUGCACGGCAGCCAAGACAGCCAGCAGGAGAAACGACAGCAACACUCGCAACCGAGGCAGCAGCAGCAGCAGCAACAGAAAGCGGACGUCAAAACGCCCGCCCCCAAAGCGGCACCACACCCCCGCCCUUCCCUCAGCGUUUCCGCCCUGACGUUGACCACCACGGCGCACACGGCAGCGGCGGCGGCGUCUCUGCCGGCAAGCGGGCUCGGUGCCAGGAUCCGGCAGCCGGCGCCGCCGCGGGGCAGGCAGCUCCUGCCGCCGGCGCCGCCGAUCGGGCAGAGAAUGGCGGCAAAACCUCCGUCGGCCUCCCCGUCGCCGGAUGCCCGCCCGCAGGAUAGACGCUCCGUCUCCAAGCCUGCUGGUGGCGCCGCUCUUCAAGCCGGGGCGGCACGGCGCACGUCGCCGGCCUCGUCCAUCGUUGCGUCGGUUUGCUUGUCGUCAUCGUCUUCGUCAUCCGAUGACGACGACGAUAAAAAGAAGGGAGGGAGGGCGAAGAAACAAAGGAAAAUGACGGCUGCGGAGGAGGCCAUUUUGGCAAUGCCCCUUAUGGCCAUCCCUCCGCGCCUGCCGGCUUUGGGUCAACAAGGUCGGCAGAGCACGGUCAAGCAGCCCCCUUCGCUCGGCACCACCCCAGCAACGGCUCCGGCAAAAGAGACUCCGGGCAAGCCGCCCAGAGGUGUCCAAACACCAUCCGUCCUGCCGAAAGGGCCAGCGGUUGUCCCGGCGCCGGCAGCGGAUGACGGCGAUGAGGCGAAGAGGUUGAAGGAGGAGGCCCGCAGGGAGGUCGCUUUGGCAGCGACGGCGGCGAGGGUCGGGGGCAGCGGCGCCACCGCUGACGAUUUGUGCCGCGAGGGCGAUGGUGGAAAGGGACGUUCAAGCGAGGCGUUCGCGACCGCCCCGUCGGCCACGUCGGCCACGUCGCCAACGUCGGCCCCGUCGGCGCCGUCGUCAAAGCGGGACAAGAAAAAGAAGAAGAAAGACAGCGGCAAGAAAAAGACGAAGGACAAGGACCGGUCGAGGGAGAGGCGGAGGAGAAAGUCGGCCGAACGGCGGUCGCGCAGCGAAAGUGCUGGCAAAGCGGCGUGCGCCGCCGACGGAGAGGGCGACGGCGACAAGAAGCAGGGGCCCAAGUUGCUGCCGAGCGACGAUGCCGGCAGCGGCGUCGGUUCCGGCAUCGGAUCUGGCAGCGGUGACACCAGGGCUCCGGGAGGAGAGCCGGCGUCGAGCGUCCCGUGCGACCGGAGGGAUGAAGCGCUGCCAAAAGGAACCACGGUGUCCGUGGAGGCCUCGGCGUCGGCACCGGCGGGCGGACAGACGAGGGAGAAGUCGUCGGAACGUCGAUCCGACGGUGCGGACGGCGUCAGGAAGUUCCCGUCCGUGGCAGUGGAGAUGCAGCCGCCCUCUCUCGUUGCGGCGGCGGCGUCGGCGGAUGGCGCGCUCGUCGGUGACGGCGAAACUCGGAGAGGUGGCGGUGAGAGAAGGUCACAGAGCAAGGUGCGCGGCGCCGGCGGCGGCGGCGGCGGCGGUGGCCCCGGUGGUGGCGCCGUCGGUGGCGCCUGUGUUUCCGGCGUUUCUGGAUCAAGCGGCAAGAAGGAGCGGGCGAAGAUCUCGAGCGACGGUGCCACGUCAGAUGUCGCGCGAAGCGCAGACACUAGCCGGUCGGCUUCCCCGGCAAAGACGGGCGCAAAGUCAGGAGCGGAGGAUUUGGAACCGGCUCGGCCGCCGGCGGCUGCGCCGGCAGAGCCGUCGGCGCAGCCGCCGGCACAACAGAGGGAGCCGCUGGAGUGUCCGCUGUGCGGGCAGUCGUACUCCAACAAGUCACAGUCGCGCUUCGAGCGGCACGUGGCGCGGUGCAGGCACCGAGCGAGGAAGUCCAAGAAAGGGAAGGAAGUGAAGAAAUCGCAAACGGCAGAAGUUCCAUCGGCGUCAACCACCACCACCACCACCACGAGCAGCACCACGAGCAGCAGCACCACCACCGCCGCCAUCGCCACCGGUAGCAGCGUCGGUCACAAGGCUGACGGAGAAUCUGAGAAAGACGUGACUGCAGAGGUGGCGUCGGAGCAAGCGCAGGCGCGCGAGGCUCGCCCGGAGAGACAGCCAGAAGAGAUGCAAGGGUGCGAUCGUGACGCGGACCCGCCACACGCACACCACCACCACCUUGCGGCAGCCGAAACCAGCCAAGCCGCUGAGACGGGCGUUGGGUCGCCCGAGCUCCAGGACGCAGUGCAGCCCGAGCGGCCGCACUCGCCGACACCCAGCGGUGAAGUGAGCGCUGGGCAGCAGCAGCAGCCGCAGCAGCAGCCUCAGCAGCAGCAGGAGGAAGAGGAGGAACCGGCGAAGGUGGUGACGCCAUUGCGCCGUCGCUACCCGAAGCGGAGCGCCCGCGCCCGCUCGGCGACGUGCUACGGGCUGACGCCGUUUUACGGCGUGCGCUCCUACGGCGGCGCCGACGUCGGGGACGCCGGGGACGCCGGCGCCUCGCCCUACGUCUCCCGUGGCAGGAGGGGGGCAGGUGGCAGCAAGGACCCGGCUACGCGCGGGCAGACGGACGGAGCCGACGAUUACGACGACGAUGACGACGACGACGAUGACGGCGAGGACGACGAUGACGGCGAUGGCGGUGGCGGAACCCGUGGCCGCUUUGGAGAGCGCAGCUGCUACUUCAGUUACCCGCGCACGGUGCUCGGGAUGGACGAGGUGGGUGACAACGAGGAGCGAUUAGGAGGAGGGAACUGGUUCGGCGAGGAGGCUCGUGGUGAUGACUACCUGCCGCGAAUCGGACAGUUUGAUGGGGCUGCCGACGACGACGACGACGAUGAAGACGACGAUGAUGACGACGGCAGCAGCACCAGCUCCGACAGCGAGGCUUCGUCGAGAGCGCCGUUUGACGACGACGACGACGGCAACAACCACGGAUCCGACGCCGCCGCCGCCAGGUCGAGGAACGGCAGCGACGAUGGCGCCGGUAACGGUGAGGAGGAAGAGGAGGACAAUGAGGUCAACGAUGACGAUGAAGGCGACGAUGACGAUGGUGGCGACGAUGACGACGACGCCGAUGACACGGAGAGCAGCGACGGGGUCACUGAUCGCAAACGACGCACGCACAGGCGCAGCGCCAACAGCGACGACGACGACGAUAAUGAAGAUGACGACGACGACGAAACCAGCGCCGGCGGCGCCAGGCCCGGCAAGCACCAGGGCCACCGCAUGCUGACCGGCCUUUCGGGCCUCACUCCACCAGGCGUUUCAUUCGCGGGCGACGGUCUCCCUUUGGCGGCGGCACCAACGCCGGCGGCGGUGGCCACCACCGCCACCACCUCCUCCGCCACCUCCUCGUCAUCGGCGGCGGGGUUGGCGCGGGCCGACGGUGACGCCGGUGCGGACACCUCGCCUCGCGGACCCUCCGACAAGGCCCUUCUGGAGAGCUUCGGUGCGGGCGGCUUUCCCGAAUCGGUCAUCGGUGCCAUCAGCGAUGACUUUGGCAACAUCCUUCCGUCUGACAUCAUGGACUUUGUGCUGCGCAACGACCCCGUGCUGGAUUCCAGCGAGGAAGCAUCGGAUCUGGUGGCCGGCGUGGUCGCUAGCGUGGUGGCCGGAGCCAGCACCGGCGGAGGCAGCGGCGCCGGCGCCGGAGCGGUAGCGGCGCCGGUUGUCUCGUCCGCGCAGGGGCCGGCCGCGGUCGCCGUGGAGCAAGCGGUGGUGCCGCCUCUGGGCACUGUCCUUGAGCCGUCGGAGGAGCUGGUGGCGGCCGUGACGGGCGGGAGAGGGAUGGGCGGCGACGGCGAGAUCGUGGCCAGCGGUGCGGCCGGCGUGGUCGCGGUCGCCGGGGUCGCGGGCGUUGGCGGCGGCGCCGGCGUUGGCAGGGAAUCUGACGGCGAGCGGAGCAGCCUCAUGGACAUGCUGUCCCAGCAGCUCGCCGGCGUCCCGGCCGAAACGUCGGCCGUGAUCGUCGGAGCUGACGGAACCGCGGCCUCCGCGGCGUCGCCGCCACCGGCGACGCCGUUCGGUGAACUUCCGGCCGACCUUUGCGUGCUGACCACGCACGGCCCGGGCGGCGUCGCCGGCGCCGCCCUCGUGACAGCAGCCGCAGCGACGGCCGGCGGCGGCGAAGGAGUGGCGUACGGUGCUUUGCCCGCAUCGUCCGGCGGCGGUCCCUCGCCGCAGGCGGUCGUGCUCGGCGUCCCUGCGCGGGCGCAAGCGCCCGCCACGACCAACGCCGACAUUUUCGCGGCGCUGGCAGGCGUCCACCCUGCGGCAGGGAGCGAUGAGACACCGACCGUCAUCUCUCCGGGGUGCUGCCCCGGCGCUGGCGCCGUGGCCGCCGUCCCCACCGCUCAGCAGCAGCAGCAGACGGCACCGUCGGCAGUCUCGUCGUCGGUGACGGCGGCAUCGCCGUCCGUCGUCGCUCCGGCAGAAUCGCUCAUCCCGCCGGCAGCCCCCGCUGGGGAGGAGCGCGACGGCGCCCGGGGCUCCUUCGCGUCGCCCCUCUUGGGCGCUUCCAUCGCCGUCGCCGGCGGCGCCCAGACGGUGCCGACCGCCGCCGAAUCCCUGUCGGUGGCGCCGCCGCAGGCGUCGGCGCUCUCCUUCGGGCCGCUGAUCGUGGUGGACCAGAAUGGGCAGCCGCUCUACAUCCUGCAGCCGCAGGCGUGCGGCGAAGGGCUCGGCGCCGGUUUCGCGCUGGCGCCUCAGCCGUCCGUGAGCUCGACCGUGCAGCAAGCGCUCCCGUUCGGCGUCGAGAUGGCGCUGACGGCCGGAACGGCGCCGGGCUUCUUGCAGCCGACGUCGGUGGCGGGGGUCGGCACGGGAGUGUCCGGCGCCCAAAGCUUCGUGGGCUCCAACUUCGUGCUGACAUCUUCGCCGGUGACGCUCAGCGCUCAGACGCAGAACUUCGUCUUGGGUGCCGGCAUGAGUUCGCUGCUGUCGCAGCAGCAACAGCAGCAGCAGCUGGAGAGAGCCUUCGCCGGGCUCGGCCAGCAGCUGGGCAACGCCGUCACGAGCACGGGCGCCGCCGCGUACCUGACCCCUGGCGCCGUCCAGCCGGUCGGCACGCAGGCGGUGCUCGCGCCCUUCGGCACGCAGCUCUCGCUGCAGGAAGCCGGCAUCGGCAUCAACGCGGCGCUGACGGUUCCUGCGGCGCUUCCUCACCACCAGCAACAGCAACAGCAGCAGCAGCACGCCGGCGCACAGCUAUCCGCGGUGGCGGCGCCAGCGCAGGCUCGCGUCGGGGCCGGCGCGAGUAAGAGGCCCGCCAGCGGGAAGUCGUCGGGUGCCGCGCGGAGGAAUAAGAAGAUAGCGCCGUCUUCGCGUGCCACGGAGCCGGCUGGGCCCAACAUGGCUCUGCUCAAUUUCACGCCGGCUGUUCAGACGGAGGCGAGCGGCGGCGGCGGCGCCGUGGCCGGGGGCGCCGACUCGGCAGCCCGGCCCAUUCAGCGCACGCUGCCUGCCAUUCUGCGGCGCUCGCAGUCGGGUCUGCUGUACCUAGAGCAGCAGCAGCAGCAGCCGGUGCCUUCCUCGGCCGCCCUAAUUAACCCGGCGCUGGCGUUCGGGGCCCAGGCGGUUUCCGGAUUUACCAGCGCUGCCGUCUCGUCGGUCGCAGACCCAUCCGUUUCGUCGGCGGUCAGCACCGCGCUGACCAUGAACGUGAUGAGCCUCAUCCCAACGCAGCAGCAACAGCAGCAGCAGCUCAGUGCCGCGUCCGCUGCCUCCAUCUUCGGACCGUUGCUGGCGGCCGGCGGAGCCGGCAGCGCCUCGUCCAUCGUCGCUUCCUCAACCGCGUCGCCAACCUCCGCAGCGCCCUCUUCGUCGUUAACUUCUUCGCUGCUCGGAGCUGACGCGCAGCCAGGCGGGAUCAGCGGCCUGCUGCUCAAGGCGAGCCAGCAAAGUCUUGGUCUGAACCAGCAGCAGCAGCAGCAGGCGCAGAGCCACAUGCACCUGCAGUCGCAGCUUCACCACCAGCAGCAGCAGGCGGUGCCGGUGUCACUGGGCGCCUCCCUGCUGUCGCAGCUGUCGCACGACUGCGCGUCGGCGCAGCAGUUUGGCGCGGCCUGCCCGCUGCAGCCGCCCCCGUCGCACGACGCCCUGAGGACAAUCAGCACGGUCGACGGGCGCGCCAUCGGGGUCAUGACCUCGCCGCUCGACCUCCCGCUGCCGCAGCCGCCGCACGCCCACGGCCAGGGUCACGCCCAGGGUCACCAGGCGGCCUUCUGCCGGGGCGGUGGCGGCGAGCCGACCCCGUCGCACGGUCACCACCGCGCUCGCGGCAAGCGGGCCGGCUCGCCGGCGCCGGGCAGUGCCGGCAAGAGGGCCCGCGGAGUCCUCGUGUGGACCGACGCCUUCGGGGUGCAGCACGGCAUGUUGGGGGCGGCGGCGGCGGUGGCGGCGGCGGCGGCGGCUCCGUCACCGGCCGCGGUGGCAUCUUCGUCGAUGUCUUCGUCGUCCUCGUCGUCGUCGUCGUCCUCGUCGGUGUCGUCGUCGUCUUCGUCGUCGCCGUCGGCUGGGGCCACGGCCGCGAUGACGAGCGCCGCGUCGCUGUCGAGCGCCGAGCAGGCGGUGCCGCAGCCGAUGGCGCCCGACGCCCAGGUGGAGCUGUACGGGGACGUGGGCGGCGCCGUCGGGGACGUGGAGGAGAUGGACGGAACCGGCGCGGUGCACGCCGCUCACGGCGACUGCGAGAGGUUCAUCAAUGCCGGCUGCGACGACGACGACGAGGAGGACGACGACGAGGACUGCGAUGAGGACGCCGGCGACGUGGUGCACACGCUGGAAGCUGACGCUGAGGAAGAGGAGGUGGGGGGGGAGGAGGAGGAGGGGGAGGAUGAGCAGCAGCAGCAGCAGCAGGAGGAGGAGCAGCAGCAGCAGGAGCAGACGGUCGGCGACGACGACGACGUCGGCGGUGACGACGGCGGCGAGGAGGUGGCGUUCUCGUCCCCGCUGCUGGUGCUGCGCGAGCGGGAGGAGCGCGAGGAGGAGACGUGCGGCCGCUGGGAACGCCGCCGCAGCAAACCGGGCCUCCUCUUCGAGAUCACGAGCGACGACGGCUUCAGCACCACGUCGCACUCCAUCGACGAAGCGUGGAAGGCCGUGACGGACCGGGUGCAGGAAGCGCGAGCCAACGCUCGCAUGAAGCAACUCUCCUUUGCAGGUGUGAGCGGCGUGUGCAUGCUUGGGCUGGCUCACCACGCCGUCAUCUACCUCAUCGAGCAGCUGGUGGGCGCUCACGCGUGCCGGGGAUACAAGUUCUGCUUCCACCAGCAGCACGAGGCGGCCGAGCUGCCGCUGAACCCGCACGGUUGCGCGCGCGCCGAGGUUUACCAGCGGCAAUCGUCCUUCGACAUGUUCAACUUCCUGGCGUCGCAACAUCGAGCUCCUCCGCCGUACAACCCCCACGAGGAGGAGGAGGAUGAGAUCCAGCUCAAGUCGGCUCGUCGUGCCACCAGUAUGGAUCUGCCCAUGGCGAUGCGCUUUCGCCACCUGAAGAAGACAUCCAAGGAGGCCGUUGGCGUUUACCGCUCUGCCAUACACGGGCGGGGCCUGUUCUGCAAGCGCAACAUCGACGCCGGAGAGAUGGUCAUCGAGUACUCGGGCAUCGUCAUUCGCUCGGUGCUCACCGACAAGCGGGAGAAGUAUUACGACAGCAAGGGCAUCGGCUGCUACAUGUUCCGCAUCGACGACUUCGAGGUGGUGGACGCCACGAUGCACGGCAACGCGGCGCGCUUCAUCAACCACUCGUGCGAGCCCAACUGCUACUCGCGUGUGAUCGGCGUUGACGGCGCCAAGCACAUCGUGAUCUUCGCGAUGCGGCGGAUCGCCAGGGGCGAGGAGCUCACCUACGACUACAAGUUCCCCAUCGAGGACGCCGGCUCCAAGCUGCCGUGCAACUGCGGCGCCAAGCGAUGCCGCAAGUUCCUCAACUGAGAGACGCUGAGCUGUACUUGCGCCGCUUCCCCCCCCCCCAGCGCAUCCCCCCCCACCCCCCCCCGUGUCCGGCACGAGAGGAGGGACGGACGCGUCUCGCUGAAAGGGGGGGAGCAGAGAGUCGCGACGGCAUCGUUGGCGGCGCCGCCGAUCGCCGGAUCGGACGACCGGGUUGUGCGACCGCGACGACGACGGAGUUGGUCGGGGACUCGAUGGGAGAAGUGAAGUCUCACGUCCGUGUGCCUCGGAGCUGAGGGGCGGCGGCGGCGGCGAUGGACCCGCCGAGCUCUGUACGAACUGCCCCCCCAUGUCUUGCCGGUUUGAAGCACGGGGCCGAUUGAUUUUUUUACCUGGGGUUCAACCGGUUGUUCCCGGCGCAACGUGCGCGAAGCUGGCCCGUGUUGGGUCGUGACCUCUGUGAACCUACCACGCCGUCGCGUGAAGAGGUCACGCGUAGCAUAUGACGUGGAAAGCAAGAGCUCGAUUUGAGUCACGCUUCAACGAUGAUGAUUUAACAACAACGAAAAAACACAAAAAAGAAGAAAAAAAACACGGCGGCACGUUUAUGUAGCAUCCCGUCAACGGAUUUUGGAAAUUGUAUGGAUAGUGUGUGCUCGGUCGUUGACAAAAUCAAAUGUACUCGGACUGAAACAGUACUUGCUCCUAACUUGCCAGGAUGUGUCGUGGUAGGGUCACAUACGUUGCGGACCGGGCCGUGCUGAGUUUUUUUUAUUGCAUAUAUAUAUUUUUAUUCGUUGGGUUGACCAUCGUCGAAAUUCGUUGCCCUUGAGUGACCAGCCGGCCAGAAGGCCCCGCACCGACUUGUCCGGUUUGCCAGCACGGUAAAAAGUAAAAUUCCGUUCCCUUUUGAGAGGAGAGAAUUUUGCCGCCAAAAUACAUUUGCGAGAUCUCGCCCCCCCAUGCAGCGGUUUCCACGUGUUGCUACCGCCACUGACAACCACUGAAGUUCGUGUCCACGCGAAAUCACGACCGUGUCGUGCUCUGCACGUUUGCCAGUGGGGGGGCGGUGGGGGAGUCCAGAGAGUGACCAUUCGAUUCCCACCCCCCCCCCCCCCCCCCCCCCCUUUGAAUAAACCAAAGCGUGCCGUCUGCCGUACGGGGCGGACGUUAAAAGAUUUGGAGACGCCAUCGUCGUCACUCGCAAUAGUCGAUUCGUUGCUUGUCGAUUGUCAAGAUCCCAAGUACUAAAUUUUAUAUAUAUACGCACAACUAAAUUGUGAUUUAAAAAAAAAAUGUACUGUCCUUACGUGACUGCGGCACUCCGGGUCUCCAGUGCAAAAGAUCUCGACCACGUUCUUAAUUGGCUUUCAACCCGUUUGACGAAAGGGACUUUUUUUUCUUUCUAUCGGUCCCCAUAGGUCCGUGGCGAAAAAGCCAAGGAUGUUGUCACGUGAUUGGCAUGGGCCCUAGGGCAGGCAUUGAAGUGGGCCCACCUUGUCCAACCCCCCCCUCCCACUCCCUCCUCUGAGCCCGGUACCUGUGCACCCCCCCUCCAUCCCGUGGGACCCCAUUGCAAUUGCAGCGUUCGCGUGCGAGAGGUUAUAAGUUCCCAUCCCGUCGAAGGGGGGGAUGGGGACGUUGGCGUGGUGGGGACGUUGGCGUGGUAGAGGCGUUGACGAAAAGUAACUCCGCUUCUAUGACAUUGAAAAGUAGCCCCUUUUUUUUUGGGAAGAUUGAUCACUGCCACAAGGUUACAAAACGUCCACCAGUGGUUCGGGCUCCACCGAUUGGGGGUGAACUCUUCUUGAGAGUUCAGGAGCGGUUGUACGGCACGGAUCUGUCGUCCGCGUUUUACCCCGGGGGUGAACGCUGCGAGCUUUGUAAGGGGGGGAGGGACCGGUGUUUUUUCAGGCCACGGAGCAAACCAUGACGCCACGAUAAGUGAUUAUUGUUGUUCGCGUAACCGGGCACCGCAACCAUUCCGUGGCGUGCGUGAAACAUCAUACGUCCGUGCAUUCUUACGUUGAGCCGAGCAAGCGAGAUAAGGGAAGUGGCCCAAGGGAGCUGGGGAGCAGAGAGAGAAAGAGUUUGCUCGCGUGUUUGUGAUGUGCCUGUUUUGCACCAAGACGUACGUAGCAAGUGGGGUGCGCGUGAGCAUCGAAGGCAGGGCAGGACACGCAUUGUAAUGUAGAUGCCUGCCACAUGCGCUGACUACACACGCUUGCACACUGAUGCAUACGUACCGAUACGCACACAUGUACAGGUCUGCAUACGUUCACGUGUACAUCCCACAACAUGAUCAUAAUGCCCAUAUACACACAUUCAGAUGUACAUUCACGUGAAUACUAAAAACCAUGUAUGUAUGCAGACUGAUAUACACAUGCACAUGUCUGCAUAAUGUAUGCAUACCACCUAAUAUUGAUGCCCACAUAUAAGCGUACAGAGAUAUAUAAUACAUACACAUAUACGUGGCACCUAACACUGUUAUACUGUUUGUUUAUACGUAGACUUAUGUGUAAACAUACUGCACAAAAUUGAUGCUAUCCACUUACAUAAAUACGUGUGUACAUACCGCCAAAAUUUGAUCCAAACAUACCCAUGUACAUAAUACUUAGGCAAAUACACAAGUAAAUAAAGGCACAUAGAAUACACGUGUGCGUACAAUUUAAUACACAAAUAUGAAAGUCCGAUUAUUUCCAGGUGUACAUCAGCUUGUGGACAAUCCCAUAUGUGCACAAGUCUGCGUACACAUGCGCCCUAACACCCGGGUGCACAUACUAAGGUUGCCGUGAUACAGCGAUACCACCGCAUGUCAUACGAUCCACUAUUAUCGUUUCGGUCAUUUGGCAAGAUAUUGUCAUAACGUGAUAACUGUUAGUCGUAAAAAAAAAUCUUAAAUAUUUCAAUUCCUGAUCAAAUAUUAAACGCGACAACGAUGCGGUGGAGUUCACAAUGAUGAUUUAAGUUCUAAAGGAAAGCAACCGUCCCCCGUUAAAAGUUUUUUGUAGAAAGAAAAAGAAUCCGUCGUUAUUGAGGGCACACACGCCGAUUGUGUGACGUUGCCAUUUUUCUGACAGCGUGUGUGAUUGUUGUUAAGGGCGUCACGCUGCCGAGAUGUUAACUUCCUCGCCCGGUAUACAGGAGGCCGUGGGUUCCACCCCGACCCUGACGCCUGCUGCUGUAUAUUUGGAGUUGGCGUGUUCUCCAGGAUUUUUCUCCGGAUCCUCCGGUUUUUCUCUCCACAUUGAGAUUCAGCGUUUACGCAUUUCGAGCAUUUGGCUGCUAUAAAUGUCCCACGUGAUAACAAGCCACUUAGUUGAGCUGUCAUUUGUGGCCAGGUCGCUUCUGAAAAAAAAGAGCUGUUAUAGCUCAGUGGGCCUUGGGUAAAAAUUUUUUUUAUAUAUAUAUAAAUUGUAGUUGGUUAUAAUACUUAGCUGGAGUGAACUGCAGAUGAUUAACCUUUCAGCCAUCCUUUAAAAAACAAUAAGACCAAAAAAAUACAUACACAAUUACGUUAUGGAGAAACCGAGCUUUGCGGUAAAAGGAAAUCGUAAACAUUUGGUGUGGAAUUCGUUUGGUGAAAAUUAACGAUAUUACAGCAGGCCUUGCUAACUCAUACCCACAUAACACAGACAAAGGCACCCCGCCCCUCCCCCGUAACAGCACUUGCCCCAACAUACCCACAUCUACCCGUACAUACAGGGAUGCAUACGUACAUCCAGAUACCAAUUGGACUACUUAUGCACUCGCCCAUGUACGAUAUGUUAGAGAAGCUUAUGUACGCGCACAUUUUACCUGCGCAAAAAUGACCACAUGGCCAUACGCACGCAUACUUAUGCAUUUAGUGAACGCGCAUAAAUACGCGUAUGCUUUGCAUGCGUUGCAUACAAUAAACAUAUGCACACACGUGUAAAAUGUAAAUACACUUGCAUGUUACGUUUCAACACAUGUUGCACACGUGCUUAUGCACGCACACGCAUACAUGUACACGUAUACAUACACAUGCAAAACACACGUGGCAGGUGGCAGGUUCCCUGGAUGUCGCGUGAAUUGAGAAAAUUAAUACCAAGCUGUUACAAUAGAGCGAGAAAGUGUGGGGGGGGGGGGGUUGUGGGGGGGAGGGUGCAUGGGGGGGGUUGUUAGGAGGGGGCAAGAGCCCCCCCCCUCGAUUUUGCUGCAAAUUAAAAAGAAAAAAAUUGCGUAUAUAGCAAACUCUACCAAACCUUACUUUCGUACAUGAAGGCGUUUAUAAGAUUUACAUUUUAUAUUAACGGUUUCGCUAAUUUCGUUUUUAAAAUUUUUUGGGGGGUAAAAUUCCCCGUUAUUUAACUGUUGCCUUAUGCUGUUGUGAAUGCGCGUAUGGGGUUGCGUUUGUGUGUGUGCGCGUGUGCGUGUGCGUGCGUGUGUGCGCGGGGAGCGGUGGUGCGGUGGUUCGCGCAUUGCUCUGCUAUCCCAGCGGCGACCCCCUGGGUUCGAUUCGCAACCGUGUGGACAACGUAAUUGGCAAAGCGGUUUAACCUGAACCCGUUCUGGGCCUCCCCUCGGACGACUCGGCCUUAAAUGAGUACCCGGUCUGGUGUGUAGAACAUCAGCACUGGGGGAGACAAAGGCGGCCAGGUGUGGUCCGAGCCACACCAGCCUUAAUGCCUUAAUAAGUGCUCGCCCACAGCUCUUCACCCAACAGUCUGUAAGGCUAACUUGGGGGAUCUUUGUCUUGGUGUGUGUAUGUUUUCUUCUCUGUGCGUGCGUGCGUGCGUUGGAGUUUUUUCAUUUCGGGAUUUUUUGUUGUCAAUGGACACUUAUGAAAUGUUAACAAACUGCAGUGAAAUUAUGAAAAACGGGUUUAUCUCUCCCAUCAUCCAAAAGAAAACUUGCAGCAAAAUCAUGGGACAAGCGAUAACUUUGAACGUCGUCACUGGUCGUAUCUGCGUUUGUCCGUCGUCGUCGUCGUCGUCCGUGUACUAAGUUGGUCGCUGGGGUUUUUUUUUAGCGACAUUUUAAUAACCGUAGAUGUGUAUUUAAAAUUAAAGUAAUGACAACAAAAAUACAGCGAUCACUAAAGGCGGACGGGAAAGUUCUUUUUAAUAAAAAAAAAAUAGUGAAAUGUAAAAAAAAUGGAAAAUAAAAAAAUACCCAUACUUUUUAGAACUAGUCGUCUAAACCUAUAGGGAUCGUUCGUGAAUGUAUAAUUGUGUUCUCACUUGAGGCUGUGUUUUUACAGUACUGUCAUGUUGAAACAGAAAAGCACUAACAAGGAUACCAGUAUUUGUGGUCCUAUCUUUUGUAAAAAAAAAAAAAUCUUUUUUGUCGAGUCGGUCUAUCUUGUGCUUUAUAUUAUUAUGCAGUAUUAUUAUUCGUAUAAACUUGGAGAGCCCUA